UACAAAGUGGGGGAAGUGAAGUGGCACACAGACUACAGCAGCUCAACAAUGGAAAAGCUAAUCUCUAAGGACUUUGAUUUGCUGCAAAACGACCGGUCGGAGGAGAACCUCUUGCGGUGGCGCAAAGCCGUCGGAACAAUCGUCAAGAACCGCCGCCGUCGCUUCCGGUACGUCGCUGAUCUCGAAAAGCGAUCUGAAAAUAAAGAACGGAUACGGAAACUCAGUGUACGUAUAAUUGGAUCCUCUCUCUCUCGAACAGAUAAAAGGUUUUGGAUUUUAUGCUCUUACUUCUUCACAAGUUUCUUUUAUUUGUAUAAUGCUAAUAGAGUCUUACCUUUUCUUUUAUCAGGAUCCAAAGUUCAAGACGGUUCUGGUAAGAUGCUGGUGACUACUGUGGGUAUGAGAACUGAAUGGGGUAAGUUGAUGGAAACUCUAAGUGAGGAAGGAGAAGAUGAGACACCACUACAGGUGAAACUAAAUGGUGUUGCUACUAUUAUUGGUAAGAUUGGACUGGCAUUUGCUGUGACGACUUUCUUAGUAUUGACUGUCCGGUUUUUGGUGGAGAAAGGACUUCACCAAGAAUUUACCAAAUGGACUUCUGGUGAUGCUCUGACGCUUUUAAAUUACUUUGCUACCGCAGUGACUAUAAUUGUUGUUGCAGUUCCAGAAGGGUUGCCCCUGGCCGUGACGUUGAGUCUUGCAUUCGCAAUGAAGAAGUUAAUGAAUGACAAAGCAUUGGUGAGACAUUUGUCUGCCUGUGAAACAAUGGGUUCUGCCACUACCAUUUGCACUGAUAAAACAGGGACAUUGACCACAAACCAUAUGGUAGUGAAUAAAAUAUGGAUUUGUGGGGAAGUAAAAGAAGUAGAAGCUAGUGGACAGAGGGCGACAUUAGAUCCAGUUAUAUCAGAAAAUGUAAUAAGCAUUCUCUUGCAGGGGAUAUUUAAUAAUACAGGGUCUGAGGUGGUCAAGAAUAAAGAUGGAAAAAACUCCAUCUUGGGUACACCAACAGAAUCAGCAAUAUUAGAAUUUGGAUUGCUUUUGGGUGGCGAUUUUGAUAAUGAACGCCGAUCCUGCAAGUUGUUGAAGGUUGAACCUUUCAAUUCAGAAAAGAAAAAGAUGUCUGUGCUUUUGUCUCUUCCAGAUGGAAAAGUCAGAGCUUUUUGCAAAGGUGCAUCUGAGAUUAUACUAAAAAUGUGUGACAAGAUGAUUGGCACCAAUGGCGAAACUCUUCAUUUGUCUGAAGAACUUGUAAGAGAUACCAUGAAUGUUAUCAAUGGAUUUGCUGGUGAAGCUUUGCGCACUCUAUGCUUGGCCUUCAAGGAUAUGGACGAUGGGUUUCAAGAAAAUAACAUCCCUGAUUCUGGCUAUACGUUGAUUAUAAUAGUGGGAAUCAAGGAUCCAGUUCGUCCUGGGGUAAAAAAAGCUGUUAAAACUUGCUUAGCAGCUGGAAUUACCGUGCGAAUGGUCACUGGUGAUAAUGUUAACACAGCUAAAGCGAUUGCUGAAGAAUGUGGCAUACUUCUCGAUGAUGAUCUUGCCAUUGAAGGUCCAGAUUUUCGCCACAAGUCUUCCGAUCAGAUGUCUCAAAUCAUACCAAAAAUAAAGGUAAUGGCUCGGUCAUCUCCUACAGACAAGCAUGUUUUGGUAAAGAAUUUGAGAGGCAUGAAAGAGGUGGUUGCAGUUACUGGUGAUGGGACCAAUGAUGCCCCAGCUUUACAUGAAGCUGACAUUGGGUUUGCCAUGGGCAUAGCAGGAACCGAGGUUGCAAAAGAAAGCGCUGAUGUAAUUGUACUGGACGACAAUUUUGCAACAAUAGUGAAUGUAGCCAGAUGGGGGCGUUCUGUAUACAUAAACAUUCAAAAGUUUGUGCAGUUCCAGUUAACUGUGAAUAUUGUUGCUCUCAUGAUCAACUUUAUAUCUGCAUGUGUCUCAGGAUCAGCUCCCCUUACGGCCGUUCAACUGCUUUGGGUCAAUCUGAUUAUGGACACUUUAGGUGCACUUGCACUGGCCACUGAACCGCCACAUGAAGGAUUGAUGAAACGGCCUCCUGUUUUGAGCACUGAAAGUUUCAUUACCAGGACCAUGUGGAGGAAUAUCAUUGGUCAGAGCAUUUAUCAGUUGGCUGUUCUUCUAGUCCUCAAUUUUGUUGGAAAGAAGUUAUUAGGACUUAGUGGUUCUGAUGCCACUGCAGUACUCAAUACUUUCAUAUUCAACACUUUCGUCUUCUGUCAGGUCUUCAAUGAGAUAAAUAGCCGCGACAUUGAGAAGAUAAACAUUUUCCGUGGAAUGUUUGGAAACUGGACAUUUACAGGAAUCAUCGCAGCCACAGUCAUAUUCCAAGUUAUUAUAGUCGAGUUCCUGGGCACUUUCGCCAGCACUGUACCAUUAAACUGGCAGCUUUGGCUUCUUAGCGUUGUACUCGGGGCAGUGAGCUUGCUUAUUGCAGUUGUUCUCAAGUGUAUACCUGUUAACGAGAAGACUAAAGCACAACAUGAUGGUUACGAACCGCUCCCGAGCGGUCCAGACCUUGCUUAAAGGAAGGGUGGAGCAAGGCUCAAAUCUCUUACUUUUCCCUUUCUUCUUUUGGUUGAGAUUCUGACUAACGUGUUUUGACAAGAAAAAAAGGACUUCAGAAUUCUUCUAUUGUUGUGUAUGUGAAUUCUAAUUAGUUGUAAACUACAUUAUUGGGAUGUUGAAACUUCAAUUUUUGGCCUUAAAAAGAUAUUAUAUUUGGUUUU